GGGCGGGAGUGAGGGAGAGAGGGGGCGGGAGUGAGGAGACUUUAGACGAUAGAUGGUGGGAUGCCGAUUCACCGCCCUUUCUUCUCGGCUAUGGCUGAUCAGGAGGAAGGCGCUCUCUCGCUCGUACCACUUUGGGCGAGCAGAUUCAGUUUCACCUUCCAUACUCACUUCACCAACCGCCCACCAGCAGGCCGAGACUGGCCUUUAUGGUUUCGAACAACUGAAGACGCCCAAAGGAUUCCGUUAUUUAGUGAAGGAUGCGAUCAAGAGAUCAGAAGAACUUAUUGCUUACAUUUCGAGGCUUCCUCCCUCGGAAGAUGUCAUUAGGGCCAUGGAUGAGAUAUCAGAUACGGUCUGCUCUGUCGUGGACUCUGCGGAGCUGUGCAGAAAUACGCACCCGGACAGCGAAUUUGUCAAGGAGGCAGAUAAAGCAUCCGUAGAAAUGAAUGCUUUUUUACACCUGCUAAACACAAAUCAGAGUCUUUACGAUGCAGUCGUUAAAGCAGAAACGGAAGGGGUGCUGACAACUGUUGAAGCUCAAAGAGCAGCUCAUACUUUACGGACUGACUUUGAGAAGGGAGGCAUCCAUCUUUGUGCUGGGAAGUUAGAUCGGGUGGAUAAGAUAAAUGCUGAAAUUGCUCGGUUAGGGAGAGAGUUCAAUGAAAAUAUAGUGAAUGACCCAGGUCAGUUUGAUGUAUUUCCUUCUUCACGUGUCCCAAAAAGUCUACAUCAUAUUCUUCAACGCAUCUAUUGCACAAAGUCUGGUUCUGUGAAACUAUCAGUAGAAUCUUCGAGCAUGAUAAAAGAAAGUGGGUUUAGGAUUACAACAGAUGAGGGCACUCUCUCCUCCAUAUUGAAAUGGACAAAUGAUGCAGAGGUCAGGAAACGAGCAUAUAUUACAGGACACUCUGCUCCAUUUGCGAAUCUAUCCGUACUUGAUAAGCUUAUAGCAGCUCGUCAUGAGCUUGCACAGAUAAUGGGGUAUAAGUCUUAUGCUGAAUUUGCAUUGCAACCUACAAUGGCAUCGUCUCCGGAUGUUGUAAUGGGAUUCUUGCUUGAACUGAGCAAUAUUGUUAAGGAUCGAGCAGAUAAGGAGGUGGAAAUCAUAAGGAAAGUCAAAUCUCAAUUUUGUGGAGAUGCAAGCGGAGAUGUACAGCCAUGGGAUGAAGCAUAUUUCAAAGGAAUUAUCAAAUCUUCAGCCUAUGAAAUAGAUCCAACGGUUGUAGCAUCUUAUUUCCCAUUAUCUCAAUGCCUUGAGGGCCUUAAAGUUAUUGUGGAGUCAUUAUUUGGUGCAACAUUUUACAAUGUUUCUCUUGCACCGGGGGAAUCAUGGCAUCCAAAUGUGGUUAAGCUGUUAUUCCAUCACCCUAAUGAGGGUGACUUGGGUUUCCUAUAUCUUGAUUUGUACAGUAGAAAGGACAAGUUCCCAGGUUGUGCUCAUUUUGCUAUCAAAGGUGGAAGAAAACUCUCCAAAACGCAGUACCAACUUCCAGUAGUCGCACUAGUCUGCAACUUCUCUGCCAGACCAGGGCCAUCAACUUCCAAUCUUAAUCAUUGGGAAGUAGAGACACUAUUUCAUGAGUUUGGCCAUGCUCUCCAUUCUCUCCUAUCAAGAACGGACUAUCAACACUUUUCAGGUACUAGAAUGGUUCUUGAUUUAGCUGAAACACCUGCCAACCUCUUUGAGUAUUUUGCAUGGGAUUAUCGGGUUCUGAAGAGGUUUGCUAGGCAUUAUUCCUCUGGCGAAAUAAUUCCUGAAAACUUGGUAGCUUCAAUGAAUUCUGCCAAGAAUAUGUUUGUUGCAACAGAUUUGCAGCGUCAGAUAUUCUAUUCAGCAAUGGAUCAAAAACUUUUUGGGGAGCAAUCAUCAACUCCAACAGACACAAUUGAUAUGGUUGCGGAUCUAACAAGAAAGUAUACCAGUUGGGGUUAUGUAGAGGGGACACAUUGGCAUACUCGAUUCAACCAUCUUAUAAACUAUGGAGCUGGUUAUUACAGCUACUUGUAUGCCAAGUGUUUUGCUGCUACAAUAUGGCAAAAGGUCUUCAAUGACGAGCCGCUAUCCUUAUCAGCUGGUUCGAUACUAAGAACGAAGUUCCUUCAAUAUGGUGGUUCAAGGGAUCCGUCUGAAAUGCUGAAUGAUUUUCUAGGCAAUGGCAUUAUGAGAAAUACCAACGGAGGAUCAGUUCCCAAUGUUUGUAGCUUACGCAAAGAGCUCAACAUGUAACUAUGACAACAAUUUGCUGUACAGUUGAUUUUUUGGUUCUUUAUUUUGAGAAUGUAGUUCACUAAUGUUUCUUGUGAGUUGUGUAUAUUUUUUUUUUACCUUCAGUUGCUAGAAUGGCUACACCAUAGAUUUUUUUUUUCAAGUAGCUGAUACUGACAAUUUGUGGCACUAGUUUUAUCAGCUUGACAUCCAUUUUAUCAGAAAUGAUAAGACAAUGCCCAAUGAUGGCGGAAACUGUA